AUGAUUUUCAAAGAGGAAGAUUUUGUCAACGAUGAGUAUAACGUUUACAAUCGGCUAUUAUUUAGAAUCCUUGGAUUAUGGGAAUAUCAGACAUCGUAUACAAAAUUGAUCUAUAUUUGUUAUAUCAAUAUUGGUCUAAUUAUUAUAUUAUCUGAAGAGAUUUAUAUAUUAUUCACGUUAGAAAGAAAAAUAGCAUCAUACGCUAAAUUAUUGGAAAUUAUUUUGCCUUCUUUAUGCCAUGGAUCUUGUUAUUAUAAUCUGCUAAGGAAUGGUAUGAAGAAAAUUCUUUAUCGUAUCAAAUGUGACUGGAACAACAUAAAAAAUCAAUCGGAAUUGGAGAUAUUGAAAAAAUAUGCCGACUUAAGCAAAAUGUUGACGAUUGUAAUAGCAAUCUGCUACUAUGUGUAUAUCGCAUUUUUGAUGUUUCCGUCUUGCUUAAGUAACAUUCAAUACUUUUUUGGCGCAAUAAAUCAAACAGAACUGAUGUUACCAAUGCGUUAUGAAUUUUGUAUGAAAAGUCAAAUGCACUAUUAUUUUCAACUUUCUUUUCAAUACCAAAAUAUAAUCAUCAUUUGCACAGUAGGAGUUGCAUACUAUUCUAUGUUCGUAGCAGUUAUACAGCAUGCAUGUGCACUGUUUAACAUCGUCGUAUUCAGAAUAAAUGAAAGAUUUAAAACAGAUCCACAUUAUUUCUGUUAUGCCAAUAGUAACGCCGAAUUGGCCAAGGAGAAGGAAUGGCUGGUCGAUAUUAUAAUUUUUUAUAAUAACGCAAAUCAGUUUGUCAAUUUGAUUAAACUGUUUUACGAGAAGAUGAAUCUGUUCGAGGCAUUACUGGUGUCGAUUUUUAUCAUGUUGGAUUAUUUUCAUCUGUCAAAUUCCGUUUUAUUCGUUAUCAUUGAAAACCCAAAGAAUGUUACUUUUUUUGUUAAUGAAGGCCAAGAGUUUAUACUAAUCGAAAUAUUUUUCAACAGUUAA